AUGACCGGAAAAGUACUCGAGUGUCCUGACUGUUUCGGCCGUUGGGAAACGGUGGAAGAAGCGGAAGAGCACGCGAAACACGCCAAACACCUCAACUUCUUCGAGUCAGACGGGCCCGUUCUUCGCCUCGUCUGCACUACUUGCGGCAAGAAUUGCCGUUCCACAAUCGAUGUUAACCCUGGUGAAUUUGUGUUGCCCUUCAUCCUAUGCCAAAUAUACGGCAGAUUGCUGCGGGAGAUUCUGAUAGUAUGUGGAUUUUUUUGUUCCUUUAACUUUUGUGCUGUUGAAUUUGUGAAGUUCCAAGAAUUGAUGGAAGAAUUUUGGAACGAGAAAGUUAUUCAACCGUCACCGAGGGCUGACCCCCCUAAUUCCGCCCAUGAUCUAAUUAGACUAUGCCAAUAUGUUUUAAGUUUGUGUCUACUAAAUGCAAAUGUAGGAGAAUAUGAGUAUCUCUUUAACAUAAUUGAUCAGCGUGAUUUGCACAAAUUUUGGACCGGACACGAUGAGUAUGUGGAUAUGCCAUUACAAGCAGCGGCACCAUUAAUUUUAGAGGCUCCAACAUUAGCUACUAAAACAGAGCAAAUGAGACAAUGCCUCCAAUUUAUAAAACAGAGUCAUGUGGCUGAUUAUGACAAAGUGAAGGUUGCUUUUACCACUCUGCUAACCUUUGCAAGGAAUGUGGCACUUUAUCCGGAUGAUGAGAAGUAUCGCAAGAUUCGAAUCACUAAUGAUAAAUUUCAGGAAAGAGUGGGAAAGUUGAAAGGAGGGAUCGAGUUCCUUGAGCUCUGUGGGUUUGAGAAACUCAAAGACUCGCCACACUUGUUUAUGCCCAGAGAAAAGGUGGAUAAGGCCCUGCUGACUGCAGCUGGAACCGAGCUGAACAAUGCUAUCAAUGAUCCUUUUUUUGGAUUUCUCUAA